CGGGCCAACGCGAUGAGACGUUUUUAAACACCUAGCACCACUUCAAAUAAUGCACAAAUGGGAGCAGCGUAACAUUGCCAAGAACUUUGUGAGGAAAGUGCCAGGCGAUUUAUCAAGCACACUUGAAUGAAACAGAGGUAUAUGCGGUAGGAGUAGCCAGGUCUGUCUACCCAUCUUUGGAAAAAGAGAACAAUAAUGUCUGGAAGUAAGGUUAAGAUCUGGAAGCAAGACCCCAGCGUCAAAGCACUUGGAAUUAGAACUGAAUUUAUAGAUGGAAAGGUAUCAGAUGGUCCACGCGACAAAAAGAUUACAAUCGCAAGCAGGACAAAAUGGUACCCGAUGGGUGGUGGAAAGGUGUUCAAAAUUGAAGGCAUACCCAGAAUUCCAAGAGACCCAAAUGGCGACUUCCUGUUGAACCUUGAAAGGGAUGCUGUUAACUUUGAUGCGGUCCAUACCUAUUCGAUUGUCCGCCUUGUUGUGACUAUGUAUGAACGUGCUUUGAAUCGAUUGAAUAUCACAGAUAAUUUCAAAUGGCAGUGGGGAGACCAACCCAUACGAGUUCACCCUCACGCUGGUAACUGGCAAAACGCGUUUUAUAAGCGCGAGUGGAAGGCUCUCUGCUUUUUCUACACGGCUCCAGUAAGAGGACAAGGGGACAUGGUCUACAGCUGCAGAUCUCUUGAUGUGGUGGCUCACGAAACUGGCCAUGCGAUUCUAGAUAGCUUAAAGCCACAGUGGUUGCAUACCACCAGAUCUGAAAACGGCGCCCUGCAUGAGGCAUUCGGGGAUUUGACGGCGAUGUUCUUACUGUUAAGCCGAAUGGAUACAUGCGCUGCAAUCAUCGCAGAAUCCAAAGGGGAUCUUCAUCAGCGCUUCUUCUUCAAUCUAAUCGCAGAGGAGUUCGGUGUUGCUCUAGGGCGCCAGUAUGGCCUUCGUAACGCUGAUAACGACUUGACCAUGUCGCAAGCUGGAAGAGAGUACCAUAGGCUGUCAAGGGUACUGACAGGGGCAGUCUAUCAUAUCUUAGCAGACAUCUUUGCCUUAUAUAGGAAACAAGAUAAGUAUGACCAAACGGAAAGCUUGUAUCGGGUCGGUAAGCACAUCAUUUCGCUUGUCAUUCUCUCUUAUACCAAAGCCCCGGAUAGUGAUACUGCUGCUUUCAAGGACGUCGCAGAAAACAUGAUACAAUACGAAACAAAACCAGCAUGGAAGACGGUCAUUCGAAAGCACUUUGAAGACCGCGAGGUUCUUGGACAGAACGCCCGGGAUUUCAAUGAAAUUUCUGCCCGUGGUGUUGCUACAUCUGCAUCUGAAUUUACUCCAUGCUGUGCUGCUAGCGGAACACUUCCAACGACGUUACUCAUGGAUAAGAAAGACAAGCCUGCGAAACAAGCUAAACCAACUGCUGGAGAAGAUGACCAAGCAUCGAGUGGUGAUGAAGAUUAAAUGAAAAAUGCGAAGUAUGAAUUAUAAGACCAAAGCUCUCAGCAUUAAUCGGAAUUUCGAUGGACAUCCAUAUUAUACAUACGAGGAUUAUUUGAGACUGAAUUCAUGAGGUCUUUCAGUGCAGCAAGGGCACAUAUCUAGUCAUAGAAUAUGUCAUACCAUAUAUCAAUAACGAUAAUAUAUAUAGUGAGUGCUUGUACUUGGCAUGAAAUAAUAUAAAAGACAAAUCCACUAAAUCAUGCAAUGCCAUUGUUUAUGGUGUCACUCUUGAAGUUUUAACGCAGAAAAAAUAGGAUGAACAAUUAUUAAGUUCGAUUUUGUUACUGCCUGGAAAGUGUGGCAUCAUAAAUCUAGUCAAUAUACAGUAUAUAUAAGUUUCACUGGUUCACCAAAAGAGGCCAGGAUUU